AUGACAUCGUUGGUUAAUAACUCUAGUCUGUACUGGUUCAUUGCUCUAGUAUUUGCUCAACUUAUUUUAAAUGGAAUUCGGAAAUCAGAAAGAAUGAAGAAUAGGAAUGAAGGCGACCUUCACCUCGAGGUUCCACCAGUGCACGAGGCUAUUGGUGAUGAUGACGGCAAUGACGCAGAUAUAAAUGCAGAAACGUUGCAGGUCUUGAUUGGUAAAGGAAAGAAUUGGACACAUGAACAAACAUUGCUCUUAAUAAAUCUAUAUGGCCAAGAAUACGAGAAAAUGAAAGGUGGCAAAAUGCUCUUACAAAAGCUGUGGCAGCUGGUUGCUGGAAGAAUGAAAAAAAAGGGUUACGACAUUUCCGCGAGCAAAUGCUCUACCAAAAUGGAUGCCUUGAAACGGCAAUAUAAAAAAGUCAUUGAUCACAACAAUCAAUCAGGCAACGACUUAAUGACCUAUAAAUAUUUUGAUGAACUAGAUGAGAUUUUUAGAGAUCAUCCAUGGGUGAAACCGGUCGCGAUUUCGAGUUCUGAAGUACAAGAUUCAACGUUUGAAAAUGUAGAUGAACGUAACUCAUCCCCAAACGCAGGAUCGAAACCGGCGGAUAGAGAAGCUCGGCGCGCGUUUAUUUGA